CAAUCAGAAUUAUGUAACUGUUACUUCCUAUUGUAUGAAACCGUUAAACAUUUGUCGUUUGUCGGUCUUCUUCCACGCUUUCAAUAAGUUUUUAUCUGACAAAGUAAAAUAAUCAUCUUUAAGUGAUAAUGGAAACUUUUGACAAAAUAGUAAUAUCUGGGAUUGCCGGCAGAUUUCCAGAGUGUGAAAAUGUGGAUCAGUUCAAAGAGGCCCUCUUGAAUGGGGUUGAUUUGGUUACAGACAACGAUAAAAGAUAUCCCGCAGGAAUGUAUGGAACACCUCGUAGGAGUGGUGUUAUACCGCAAAUAGAUAAAUUGGAUAAUGCUUAUUUCGGAAUCCACGCCACCCAAGCCAACUAUACGGAUCCCCGCCAUAGAAUUUUGCUCGAGACAACUUACGAAUGCAUUGUGGAUGCGGGCUAUAACCCAGAAGAGCUAAGGGGAACUAAAACUGGUGUGUACGUUGGAAUAACUUCAGUCACGAGCUUGGACGAGGUCUGGAAGCAAAACCCCAGAGGGUAUGCUAUUACAGGCUUUUAUUCGAGCAUUGCGGCAAAUAGAAUCUCGUACUGUUUCGAUUUCCGGGGUCCCAGUUUUUCCUUGGAUACGGGAUGUUCGAGCGGAAUGUACGCCUUAGCAAAUGCCGUAAGAGACUUGAAAAUGGGAAUGAUAGAGAACGCAAUAGUGGGUGUGGGUCAAAUCCUUUAUGACCCGAACGACACCAAAGGGUUCACAGACCUAAAUGUUCUCUCUCCGGAUGGAAAAUGCAAAGUUUUCCAAAGCGACAGGAAUGGUUUUACUCGCUCUGAAACUGUAGCCAGUUUCCUGAUACAGCGAGAGAGUACCAGCAGGAGAAUUUAUGCUACGGUUCUCGGGGCGAAGACGAAUGCGGAUGGUUACAAGAAAGAAGGGAUGACUUUUCCCAGCACCGAAGCACAAGUUAUACUGCUCAAGGAAAUGUACCAGGAGCUCAGUUUGGAUCCCAGGAAAGUCAGUUACGUCGAAGCACACGGAACAGGAACCUCCGUUGGAGAUUUGCAAGAAUGUAGAGCCUUAUCGCAAAUAUUCUGUCAAGGACGAGAGAAACCUCUACCUAUCGGUUCCAUCAAAUCCAAUAUGGGACAUUCAGAAUACUCGGCUGCCCUUUCCUCUCUUACGAAGGUCAUCAUAGCGAUGGAAUCAGGAGUUAUACCAGCAAAUCUACAUGUGAAUAGUUUGGACACAACUUUACCAGGAAUAUCGGAUAACAAACUGAAGGUUGUGACAGAAAACUUACACUGGGAAGGUGGAAUAGUGGGGGUGAAUUCUUUUGGACUUGGAGGCGCAAACGCCCACGCUGUGUUGAAGUCACAUGAAAAACAGAAUUUGAGGAAUGCAAUUCUCCCAAAAAAUCGAUUAGUUCUAGUAUCCGGCAGAACCGAAGAAGCUGUGGCUCACUUUUUGAAAGGGGUUGAAGAAGGCCAAAACGACGAAGAGUUCUUGGCACUCGUCGACGAAAUUCACAAGAAUAACAUUGAACGUCACCCUUUCAGAGGGUUUUUAGUUCUGGGAGAUCACCCUGUUAGGGAAAUCAAAAAAUAUACUCCCGAAACGCGACCGGUAUGGUUCAUUUACCCAGGUAUGGGAUCGCAAUGGAUCGGAAUGGGUAAAGAUUUAAUGCAUAUCAAAGUGUUCAGAGAGACUUUAUUGAAAUGUGCCGAAGCUCUCAAACCUUUUGACAUUGACUUAGAGGAUGUAAUAAUGAACGGAUCGCCGAAACUAUUUGAAAAUUACGUAAACGUUUUCGUUUCAAUAACGGCCAUUCAAGUUGCAAUGACGAGUGUUUUGUUUUCAUUGGGGAUUUUUCCAGAUGGAAUCGCUGGCCAUUCCUUGGGGGAAACUGCUUGCGGUUACGCUGAUGGAACCUUGACCCCUGAAGAAACUGUCCUGCUGUCCUACGCUAGGGGGAAAGCGAGCACUUCGGUGCCGCUUCCCAAGGGAUUGAUGGCAGCUGUCGGUCUCACGAAACAACAGGCCGAAGAGAUACUUCCGGAAGACACAUUCAUAGCAUGCCACAAUGGAAGGUCGAAUCUAACCAUAUCUGGAUUGCAAGCUCCGAUGACAACCAUGCUUGAUAAACUGAGAUCUCAAGGAAUUUUUGCGAAGAGGCUCGACACACGCGAAAUUGCUUUUCAUUCGAAAUAUAUUGCCGACACUGGACCACUGAUGCUAGAGUAUUGCAAAAAAGCGAUUAAAACGGUAAAGCCAAGAUCUGCAAGAUGGAUAACGACUUCUGUGCCUGACGAUGAGAUGGACGAACCUUGGACAAAGUGGAAUAGUCCCGAGUAUCACUAUAGGAAUUACCUGAAUCCCGUAUUGUUCGCACGGGUAUACGACCAUAUACCGGAAAACGCGUUAGUUGUAGAAAUCGCACCCCACGGAUUGUUUCAGUCAAUGUUGAAGACAGAAUUCGGUCCCGAUGUGGUGAAUGUCAGCUUGGCUAGCAAAUGGGUCGACGAGAAUGAGCAAUUUCUUCUUUCUGCUAUUGGCAGAAUGUAUCUGGAGGGGGCGCAACCGAACCUCAGAAAUUUUUAUCCAGACGUUUCCUUUCCUGUUGGUCGCGGAACCAAAAUGCUGUCUCCACUAGUCAAAUGGGACCACAGCAGCUCGUGGUUCAGUGAGCUCUGGAAGCACGCAGACCACUUUGGCCAUGCUAUUUCGGUUGACGUAUCUGACGAGAAAUACUCCUACCUCAAGGGGCAUUUCAUCGACGGCAGAAUCAUGAUGCCUGCCACUGGAUAUUUGGAACUGAUAUGGAAGGUGAUGGCCAAAUUAUAUAUGAAAGAAACAGAAGAACUUCCUGUAGUGAUAGAGGACAUAAAAUUCAAUCGAGCAACAGUACUAUCGGACAAAGAAAACAUCCAAUUCAUCAUAAAUAUUUUCAAACAAUCUGGGAACUUUGAAAUAUUCGAGGGUGGAUCUGUAGUGGUAUCAGGAAAAAUAAGAGUACCUCAAGAUGUUUCCAAAGAAUUCCUUGAGAUGCCACCCGAAGUUGAUUCAAGAUUCAACGGGCUGUAUCCCAAACUAUCUCGCGAAGAUCUGUAUAAGGAAUGCCAUUUGAGGCGUUACAUGUACAGAGACUCGUUUAAGGCGAUCACUGAAUGCGACGUUGACGGACUCGCAGCGAAAAUAGAAUGGACCGGAACUUUCACUAGCUUCAUGGAUGGGAUGCUGCAUCCGAUGAUCUUGACAGAUCAUCGCAGAGGACUGAAUUUUCCGAUAAGUAUCGAACAAGUGGUUAUAGAUCCAGUGGGUCAUUUGAAAGUCGUGAAUGCUCAUAGAGUAAUUCCUUUAGAACAGAACCGUUCCUGUGGAGUACUCAGAGCGGGAGGAAUAGAAAUAACCGGAACCCGCAUGUCCAGAGCGCCUCGUCGUCGAAGAACCCAGCCGGACCCGUAUUUAGAGACUUUUCACUUCGUCAGCUAUGAAUCCCCUUCGAAUAGCCGGUACGAUGUUGAAACUUCGAUGAGAAUUACUUUUCAGAUAAUCGCAGAGAACUCCAUCGGCCUCAACAAAAAAUUGAAAAUUUUGCAAGUGAAAGGCACCCGUCCCGAACUCGAGUUUGGGGUCAGGAUGAAAUCGAUUCUCGACAAGCAGAUGUUGGUAAGGUACGAGUAUUUCGAGAAAGAAUUUUCUCAAGUUGAUGAUGACGUUAAAUUUGACGUGAUCAUUGUGGAUGAAGAAGUUGCUACCGACAUGCAGAUGGACUCGAUGGUUCAAAGUUUGACACCGAAUGGAUUUGUUCUACACUUCGGAAGUGUUUCUAAAACGGUUGAUGAAUUUUUUCUACCCGUUUUCCGAGCUGGUUCUAACCGAAAUAAUAUCAACCUUCUAAAGCCCAGAACAGAACUCCCCAAGGAAUAUGAAAUAAUCCGCAUCAGCAACAACGACUUCAGAUGGUUAGAGGACCUGAAAGAAGUGAGUCGACGCAGCUGGCAUGGCACUGUGUACCUACUAAGCCAAGAAGAACCUUCCAGCGGAAUCGUAGGCCUAACGAAGUGCUUGCUGGCUGAAAGCGAUGUAUCUUAUAAAUGUUUAUUCAUCGACAUGAAUACCAAGAAAUUUUCUAUGGAUGUCGACUUGUUUCGGACACAGCUGAAGAAAAAUCUUACUAUCAACGUAUUGAGGGACUUCGAGUGGGGAACUUUCUCUUAUUUGCCAGUCUUGGAGAGCAAAACGACAAAUGCUGAGAACGCUUCUUUGUCAAUCGAAACUCUCGGAGAUUUAUCUACGUUCAAGUGGAUUCAGAGACCCGUGCCGUUGUCAUUGCCGCAAUUUCCUAAUCAAGAAUUGGUUCACGUUUACUAUUCGUCGUUGAACUUUCGAGAUGUAUUGGUUGCGACAGCAUCGUUGGGUAUAGAUCUAGAUCAGAAUGCGACGGCAGUCGAAACCAAUCUGGGUUUUGAAUACUCCGGAAUAACUUCGACCGGACGAAGGAUUAUGGGAAUAUCGGUCGAAUGUUUGGCUUUGCAAGUGAGAGCUCAUCCGAUCCUGACGUGGGAAGUGCCCGAAACGUGGAAUCUGCGAGAAGCUGCAACGGUGCCGGUCGUAUACUCGACGUGUUUUUAUGCAAUGAUAAUGAAGGGGCAGAUGAAAAGAGGAGAAUCAAUACUGAUUCAAGCUGGAACAGGAGGAAUCGGUCUAGCUGCUAUUUCCAUAGCUCUCGGCAUGGAAGCCACAGUAUUCACGACUGUCAGUACGUUAGAAAAAAGGGAAUUCCUGAAAAAUAUGUUUCCAGAAUUGCUGGACAAAUAUAUCGGUAAUUCCAGAGAUAAGUCCUUUCGCAAAUUGAUUAUGUGCGAAACGAAUGGCAGAGGCGUCGACUUGGUAUUGAACUCGCUGGCUGGAGAUUUGUUCCAAGCAUCCUUAAAAUGUAUAGCGAAGAGGGGGCGAUUUCUGGAAAUCGGAAAAAUGGACUUCACACGGGGGACUCCUAUAGAUUCGAGUAUGUUUUUGAAAGACUGCAGCUUUCACGGAAUCCAAUUAGAGGAUCAUUUCGGCUUGAAGGACGAAGUUACUAGAAAAAUUCACGAGUUACUCGAAGAAGGUAUCAAGAACGGUGUGGUGAAACCUCUACCGUCGACCGUUUUCAACGAGAAUGAGAUAGAAAGCGCGUUCAGGUUUUUAUCAACGGGAACCCACAAAGGAAAAGUCCUUAUAAAUAUCCGGAAUGAAAAUGCGUCUUCUCCUUCGCCCGCGAGAACCGUUGCCGCCACCCCGAAAAUCUACUUUGACCCGUCGAAAACGUACAUCAUAGUAGGCGGCCUGGGAGGCAUCGGGCUCGAACUGGCCAACUGGUUGAUUGAAAGAGGAGCCACCAAAAUCGUUUUAAACUCUAGAAGGAAGACGUUGAACGGCUACCAAGGGCUCUGUUUAAAAAAAUGGUCGUCUUUCAAAAACGUUACCGUGAAAGUUUCCGAUGCAGACACUGGUUGUUUAAAAGGAGCCAGCCAGUUGGUGCUUGAGGCGCAGAAAUUAGGGUCUGUCGGAGGUGUGUUCAACACCGCACUGGUGCUUAGAGACGGAAUAUUGAGCAACCAAACAAAAGCGAAAUUUGAAGAUGUAUUCAAGUGCAAAAUCGUGUCCGGUCAAAAUAUGGACGCAGCCACUCGCAAACACUGCCCGGAUCUCGAAUACUUUGUGAUGUUUUCUUCGAUUUCGGCCAGAGGAAUUGCCGGACAAACGAAUUACGGGAUGGCGAACUCUGCCUUAGAGAGGUUGUGCGAGCAACGAAAAACUGAUAAACUGCCAGGGUUAGCAAUUCAAUGGGGACCCAUCAGAGACGUGGGUAUUUUAGCUGGAAAGGAGGACCAGGAAUCAUUGGGUUUGGUAUUCCAAGACAUAAUCUCCGUUUUAAAGGCGCUGGAGACAUUAUUGUUGGGAGAUCACGUUGUAGGUUGUAGUGUCGUUUUUCCGGAUUGUACAACCGCAUCUACUACUUCAGCGACAAGACGAACACCAGCUGAAGCUACAGCUCAUAUAUUAGGAAUCACAAAAUUAGAUUCUAUCGAUAAAUCUUCCACGCUCAUCCAACUAGGGAUGGAUUCUCUGAUGAUGGCAGAAAUUAAACAGACGCUAUACCGCAACUUUCAUAUCGAGUUGAGCGUCAACGAAAUCAGACAACUCACUUUCGAUUCUUUGACGUCGAUGGAAGAGAAUGACAAGAAGAUCGUCGCAGUGAAAAAAUUUGACGUGACAACUCUGAAGGGACAAUCGUAUAUUCUAUCUACAGAACCGUUGACGACGUUGAAAAGAGUGCCAAACGACGAUAAAAUCGUCUUUUUCGUCCACCCGAUAAUAGGCCGGGUGGAUUCAAUGAAGGCCUUGGCAGAGGCUAUCGAAGCGACUGUCUACGGAUUGCAGUGUACAAAGAAUACUAAUUUCGACACCGUUCCCGCCUUUGCCAGUUAUUUCAUCGGAAUUAUGAGAGAAAAGCAACAGAAAGGACCGUACCACCUCUGCGGGUACUCUUAUGGGGCCGUUCUGUCGCAGGAGAUCGCAUUACAAAUGGAAGAAGCGGGGGAAAAAGUAACAAUAGUCGCUGUGGACGGAUCGUCCGAAUUCAUGAAGGGUGCCGCGAAGAUUCUGUUUGAAUCACCAGUGGAAUAUCUGAAAAAAACUUGGGCGGCGAUCCUCGAUAUUCCCCAAAGCGAAUUCGAUAACAUUGAUGCGCACACUUGGGAGGAAGCCUUACCAGAUAUAAGUACAAUUGUCGCCCGCAAAAUAGGUGCUGAUUUGGACCUAGUCAAUGCGUCUCUCCUUCAGUAUUACAACAGGAUACGUGCUGGGUACUCUUACAGACCGAGAAGAAAAAUCCAAGGGAAAGUGACCUUGAUCAGGGUGCAAUGCAAAAACCAAUAUACGGCAGCUAAUGAUUACGGUUUGCAGGAGUUUUGCCAACAGGAAGUGGACGUCAUGAAAGUGAAUGGAAAUCACUUUACGAUUUUAACAGGAGACAAUGUCAUGGCCAUUUCCAGAGUCAUCAACGAAUCCUUGUGAAAGUUGAUUCUAAAACGAAAUUCUCACUUUUGUUGUACAAUAAUAAAACGUUUUUAAAUAAGUUGAUGAAAUGAUAUAAAUUCAUCCUUUCGUAUAGAGAUUUUCUGGGACACAGUCACCUCCUCCUCCUUUUAAUAUAUGAAUAAAACCUUCAAUCAUAUGAUAACAGUGGAAAUUUAUUGAUAUUUUUUGCAUCCUGCAAUAUUGCAUACACUUCAGCCUAGAAGCCGCAUGUUAAAUAACUAACUAUAAUGACAUUUUCUACCAGUACUAUAUCACAGCACUGAUCUCAACUGUUGAAAACACCAAAACAAGUUAGCAUCAUUGGAGGUGAUUAAAACCAAUCUUGCAGCUACGUUGGACUUUUAUAUACAUCUGGACGAACCAUCAUCUUACACGAUUAGAGUAAUUAAACUAAUUCCUAGUA